AUGGUGAACUGGAGGAUUAGGCAAGAAUGGGAGGAAUACGAUCUCCAAAGCUCAUACGCUGACAAUCCAUGUAUGUUCUCGAUACGAUUGAACUAUGGUGGAGUUUUUACGAAGUUUCCAGGCCGCAAAUACAUAAAGGGGAAGAUGAAAUAUAUUGAUGGCAUUGAUAGUGACUUGUUCUCGGUGCAUGAUAUGGACGAGAUAAUGGAAUUGCUUGGUUGUGUGGAACCAGGUAAAAGUAUUUAUUAUCAUUUCAAACGACCAACCUGUGAUUUAGAUUUUGGGUUAUAUGCUUUGGGUUGUGACGAAGAUAUAAACCACUUUAGGUCAUACGUGUAUGAACACAAGGUGAUAGAAGUGUAUACAGAGUUUUGGGAAACCAAGCUCCAUACGUAUCAAAUGUCCCCAAACCCUGCAAAGAUAAAGAUACACGAAAUUCCUGAGUCCCUUUGUCGUAAAAGCUUGUUAUUGACAUGGUCAAAUUCAGGGGAUUGUCCUAGUGAAGAAGCCCCUGUUUUUGAGAAUGUAGAAACUAUGGACGAACCCCCUAGUACAUUACUUGAAACAACCUUGGAACAACCCCUUGUUACAUUGAGUGAAACAGUUGAGUCAACCCCUGCCUAUAUACCAAGAAUUGAAAGCCCUUUGACUGAACCAAUGAUAGGAAGCACAUGUCCUAAUGUUGAUGGUGAAGACAGUCAAGCUAGUAAAGACAGUCAUGAUAGUGAUGACACUGAAGAUAGUGAAUACAGUCAAGAUAGCGAUUACAUAGUUGAUGAAGAUAAUUUGUUAGAUGAUCCAGAGGUUGAUAUGAAGAACUUUCACCUCAACAUUGACAAAGAGGUGGAGUGGGUUGGAAGUUUUCCUGAUGAUCGAGAUGAAGCAGUAGAAGGUGAUGAAGAAUUAGAGGUUAUAAACACUGAAGAAUUUGUAUCUGCAUCUUCAUCAGAUGAGGGUGAAGCUAGUAAAAAAAGGAAGAAGAUAAGAGAUUUACGAAGAGCACAUAAGAAUGAAGCAGCUGCUAUCAAAGAUCCAUUUUACAUCCACCAGACUUUUAGCACAGCCAAGGAAACCAAAAAAAAGAGAAGAAGAUCUGCAACAGAAGAUGAUGGAGUGUCCACAAAAUGGAAAUCUGUAACAUGCACAAAAUGUGGAAAUGUGGGCCAUAAUGGAAGGACCUGCAAGGGACAAUCACAUACUGGGAAUGGAACAGGAGAAGGUGCAGCAGGGAAUACAACAGGAGAAGGUGCAGCAGGUAGCAGUGGUGGUGUACAAAAUGGAGUUGGGAACAAAGGAAAAAGCCCCAUGCUUUGA